GAUUUAUCUGUUAAUAUUUACUUGAAAUUCGACUGGUUAUUUACACAAAAACCCAUCCUUAGUUUUAACUCAAAAACCAACCAAUUGCUUUUUUAAUUUACCAAUUUGCACAUCUUAAGCACCUCCAAAUUGGUUGUUUUAUUAAAAUCCGACGAGCUUACUGAGGAAUUCGUUCAUAUAUCCCUUGCAGGGAUACGAACCAUCUGGAAUUGUGAUCCUUCGGUCCUACGAUCCUACGAUCCUACGGCUAAUUGGAUUUGGACAUUGCCAUUGCCAUCGCCAUCGCAUCAUCAUCAUCUUCCACGAACGCGAGUCCAAAAGCCAGCUUAAUUGGCUUAGGCGGCGGUUGUCAAUGUUGGCCACUGACGUGUGAAAUGGGUGUGGGCUACUACACCAAAGGCAACAAGAUCGAGAGCAGCAGCUCAGCACGUUAGUGAGUUAGUGGGGAAUCUUCUACGAGACCUCCGAAUAGCAAUUGGCGAUGGGUUCAGUGGCGGCCACUACAGUGGAGCCUCUGGCCGCGGUCAAAUCGAAGUCGAUGCGCUCCAGAAAGCGACGACAGCGCCGAAAACGGCAGUUAGCCUACCUGGCCAUCUGUGGACUGAGCGUGGCCAUAUUCGGAUUUGCAUUGGCCACGCUGAUCAGGCCCGCAGCUGCCCAGAACGAUGGGGAUGGCAGUUGGCGCAAGGGAUACGUGGGACAUGGCACCACCCACGAACAAAUGGGCCAACCACAUUGGCCACCAGUGGAGUACACCGUUUACAAACCGACCACGAACUACACUAAGGAACCGCCACCUCCCACGUCGGCCAUGAACCCUAUUUUCAAUUUUACACACUUUCUGUACGACAAGAUCCUCUACAACGAUGAUCCCAUACCAGAGGGUUACAUUGUGGUGAAGAACUCGGACACACUGGCCCUGGGCCCCAAGGUGGAGGAGAACGACUGGCGGGAUCUUCUGGCUCAUUAUUGGGUGGUUCUCAUCUGGGUGUUCGUUCUCGUGCUGCUCAUCAUUGUCAUACCGUUUAUUGCCGUUUGCUAUUGCUGCUUCUGUUGUUGCCGACGAUGUCGACAGGGCUGUCCUCCAUGUACCAGUAAACAGGAUGCCCAGCGGCGCUUCUGCUGCGGCAUCUGUCUGCUGAUCCUCAUCAUUGGACUGAUCUUUGGCAUCAUUAUUGCCUUUGUUACGAACAAAAUGAUCGACAGCGGCUUUUCCGAAACUUCCGAGACAAUGAAACGCGGCAGCGAGGAUACUUGCACCUAUCUAAAGGAUGUGGCCGAUCAUGUUUAUCAUCUGAUGAUGUUCAACUACGAGGAGAUGGAGACCCAUGUUUUGGAUCAAUUAACUCAUGCCCACAGGCACAUAUUUUUGGAUCUCUCCGACACAUCGGAGAGUAAUUCGCUGGCCGAGAUGGAGCGGGUUUUGGAGAACAUGCCUGAGGCCCUGGAGCUGAUGCGGCAAGUGGAGAAGAUGGAGAAGGAUCUGCGUUUCUAUGGCUCCCAGUUGAGAGAUGGUGUCCGUGGCAUCAAGCGAGAUGUCAACUUUGCAGUGGCCAAUCUCUGUCAGCUCCAAAUGUGUCAGAAGUUCCUGAUCAGCAGCAAUAUCGAGCACAUAGACACCUCGCAGUGUCUGCACUUUGAUAAGCUACCCAAUACCUCGGAAUUUGUGGCGGGAAUGGAGAACAUAAUUUCAAACAAGUACUAUGCUAUACCUCAACGGGGUCUGGCGCGUCUGAAGAAGGUCAGCGACAAGGUGAAGACGCAGCUCUCCUUCGUGGUGCCCCCAAUGAUGCGGGACUUGACCAAGGGCAAGACUGUCUUCCGCGAACAGGCCACCAAUGUGCGCAACAUUGUCGAGGGAGUGCUGAGUGAUAUUCACAUCAAGACUCUGCAUUCGACCAAGUCGUUCGAGGACGUCUACGACCGUUUUGGCCACGAUAGGAACAUAAUCAGCUUGAUUGUGUGCUUGCUGAUUCUUUUGGUACUCUUUAUAUUGAUCUUUGCUCUGUUGUGCGGUUGCUUUGGACGAAGACGAACUGGAUAUGGCGAUGAGUGCUGCAGCAAGUCCACAGGAGCCACGUGCCUGCUGCUAGCCAUCUUGCUGAUAUUCUGUGUAUUCUCGUUCAUCGCACUCGUUGGACUUUUCUACUUCAUGCUGGGCAUGGUGACUUACCAAGGUGCCUGUGCCCCUCUAAGGGAUCAGGAGAACAACACCCUGUUCCGGCAGCUGGACGCUUCAAUCGAUCUAAAGCAUUAUUUGCCAGCGAGCGGGGAGUCCAAGGAUGUGUCACAGCCGCUGAAGAUGUCAAGGGCCAUUCAGGCUUGCCAUGCCAACCAGACAAUAUUCGAGAUGAUGCGCAUGAAUAACAUAUACGAUAUCAACGAUCUGGCGAACAUUAAGGUGAUGACCCAUGCCCAGGAUGAUACGGAUUCGAUAAAGGUCUUCGAUGAGGAUCUUUCGGGCAUUGUACUGCUAACUAAGGAAGAGCGCGAUGAACUGACUGUUGCGCGCGAUAAUUCACUGGCCACCUACCACAGCUCAUUGUACAUGCCAAGUUUGUGCACUCAGUUCACACCGAUGAACCUGAAUGCCCUCUCCGAGCAGCUGUACAAGCUGUCCAACGACCUGGAGUAUCCCGCCUACGGCUGGGCCAAGGUGUCCUUCUGGAACGAGGGCCUCAACACCAAGGCCUUCUAUCGCAACUUUGUGCCCAAGCUCACCAGCAUCGUGGACAAGAUGAAGGCCAAUCUGAAGAAGAUCGACGAGCUGAUUUCGUACGAGAACCAUGACUUCGCAAACACCAUUAAGAUACUGACUGACACGGCGGUUGCCUCGGAGCAAUUUAUUCAGACGCGCGGCAAGGAUUAUAUCAACACCCUCGGCAGCAAUCUGACGCAGACCAUCGACCAAACUAUAGACGACUACAUCGACAUGAUCAUUAAGGAAGCCAACGAAAAUGUGGGACACUGUGCGCCACUAUCCUACAUUUAUUACCGUGGAGUUGACCUGAUCUGCCACCGCCUCGUGGAUCCCAUUAAUGGUUUCUGGGUGGGCAUCCUGCUCUGCGCCCUGCUCUUCCUACCCAUCCUGUUCGUGGCCCACCGCCUGAUGUGCCUGUACAAGAAGAUCUACCCAUAUUUGGCCACCGUUGGAGCCGCCGGCGUUGUGGAGGGCGGCAGCGAUUAUUUGUACGAUGCUUAUAGUGAGCGCGAGCGCGAACAUGUGCCAUUGGCUAACGUGCCCAAGAAGCGGCGUAAGGCGUACGAGAGGCGCAGGGAGCAGCAGGACUACUACGAGGACGCCUCUCCCAGCGUGUCCCGCGGCAAUCGCUCUGGCGGAGAUCGUGGAGGCGGCGGCGGCGGCGGAGGAGGAGAUGGCGCCCCGGGCAGCAGCAGCAUGCGCUACAACGACAUGGCGCCCACGCACUGGGACCACGAGCCACCGCGCUACCACAAUCCGCCAGCAGCGCCGCCAUCCUCGGAGUACGAGCGGCCGCCGCCCUACUACUAUCCGGGUGCCUCCGAGCAGGAUUAGAUGGAUUGCGUUGCAUUUGGAUUGGAUUGGCUCAAGAG